GAGCCGGCGGCGCGGGCCGGGCCCUAGAGAGAGGCGGCGGCGGCUCCGGGGGGAAGGCUCAGCAGUAGCUCAGUGUGAGAGCCAGCGUGUGCCCCAUGAAGGAGAGCCCAGGAUGCAAGGGGGUGCAGGAAUUGCUGCUUGGCAAGGAGAAAGUCAAGGCCAACAGCAAGCAGCCAGGAAAGGGGGUCCUAACCCCUAUGCCAUACUCAUCUCCACCACAGGCCACAGGCAAGAAGAAGCCAAAGAAGAAGAAAAAGAAAGCAGACCAGGAUGAGAGUAACACCAGGAGCAGUGGGCAUGGCAGCAGCCCCUCUGCCUCUGAGGAGACAGAUAAACAUCACAACAAAAGCAGGAAGCAACAGAUCUCUGCUCAGUUACUUGAAAUAAGCGUAAGGCAGGAUCCUGACCCAGCACAAGAUGCUGUAAAGGGGAUUCACACUGAUGCGGAAAUAAAUAAGCUUUUAUUAUCAGCUUCUACUACUUCAGGCUCUACCCAAACAGAGCAGGACAUUUCUGAUCAGAUCAAUGAAAGCCUUCGGUGGGAUGGGAUUCUUGAAGACCCUGCUGCUGAGGAAGAAAGGCUGCGUAUCUAUAAACUGAACCGAAGGAAACGCUACGGUUUAUGUGUCCAGCAACAGCUACCCACAGAGCCAUGUUUGACUCUCAAGCAUCUCCCGUUACUUCAAACCAAAGAUCCAUACAAAAAUAGUGGUAAGACAAGAAGCCAAGAGGAUCGCUCCAGUCCUUAUGUUCAGGAAAAUAAAGAUGAAGAGGUCCUGAAUGCUGAGCUAGCUACCAAAGUGUCUGAACUGCAACCAGCAGCAUUACCAAAUAUUUCUCAGGAAGUUGUGUAAACCAGUAUUGUUCUCUAUUUUAUAUCUGUAUUUAAAACAGUAAUGGCAACAAAACCGUUACUUUGAAACUUUGUAUAUACCUUUGUUCACGGCAAGUUGUUAGUAUGGGGAAUUAAUCCCACUAAUUGGGUAUUCCGUUUACUUCGGCCAGACCUGUUAUAAACACUACAUGGAAAGUGGACCAAACAAACACAAUAAUUUUGAUGGUUUUAUUAAAGGUUAUUUACAUCCUACUACUCUGCCCUCAAGUACCCUCUUACUGCUCAUAUGUUAUUCAUAAAUAGCAGUGUCCUACUGGAUUAUCUCAGUGCUUUUCAAACAUGAAUGCAUUAAGCCUCACAGUACCUCUGUGAAGUGGGCAGGUGUUAGCCCAUGUUGCAGAUGGGGAAAUUGAGGCAGUAAGUAGCUAAGUGAUUUGAUACUGUGCAUAGAGAAUAGGGUAAGUGAUAUGCAGAUAGGCUUGCCUAAGGUCACACACAUUGCAGAAUCAGGAUUGAAAUCCCGGUCUUGGUGCCUGGCUUGCUCUUAUGGCAAUUUAGACAAUACUACUUUCUUCUGUUACAAAAACUUAUUGUAUUGUUCCCUGAACUCGGCGAUUUAAAUCAGAAACAAAGGGCACUAAAUUGAAAAGUGCCCUUUUCUCAAGUGACAGGAUUGUCCUUGUCAGUAUCAUGAUUGCUGCAUCAACAUGGCUCUGGGUGUCUUCUGCAGCACUGGCCAAAAUGAACUAAAAAACAAAACAAAACAAAACAUUAGUCUUUCACUUAAUAGGCUUCCCCGCCCAUUCCAUCAGCC